AUGGUGCAGGAACUUAUUGUUAGGAGUAAUGGUUGUCCGGGUAGGGCAGUGAGGUAUGUCGAGUCAUGGUUGGAGGAUAGGGAACUUGAGAUACGAACGGUGGGAGGAGGUAGUAUAGAGAUGAAGAUGAGGAAGGGCUUGCCACAGGGAUCUGUAUUGAGUCCGUUACUGUAUAAUUUGUAUACGAUCGGAAUUGUAGAAGGAUUGAGGGAAAUGGGAGUGAGAAUCCUGCAAUAUGCGGAUGAUAUAGUUAUUUUUGUGGAAUUUGAAAGAAGGAGGGAGGGGAAAAGUAAGAUAGAGGAGGCGAUAAGAAGGUUGAAGGAGAAUCUUAGUAAGAUAGGGUUGUCGAUCGCGAUGGAAAAAACGCAGAUUGUAAAGUUUAUGAGUAAUAGAAGGAGAGGAGGUUUGACCAGAGAGGAAUUUAUAGUGGAAAAUGAGAGGAUAGAAGAGGCUGAGGCGGCGAAGUUUUUGGGGACGUGGAUAGAUAGAGGUUUAGACUUCAGAAAGCAUACAGAUUAUGUGGUGAGUAAACUAAGGAAAAGAAUGAAUAUAGUAAAAAGUUUGGGGGGAAUAAGAAAGGGUACGGGGCCGGAGACGAUCUUAAAGGUGUUUGCUGCCAUGAAUAGGAUGUCGACCCCAAUUAAUGUCAUGGAAACAGAGACGGGGAUUAUGGAUUUGGAAUCAAGGAUAAGUGCAUUGGCGGAGGGGUAUAUAGCAAGAAAGUUAUGGAAUAGAGACGAAGAGGUUGUGAGAGCAAUUGAAAAUAGAAUCAGGAAUAGUAAUGAGGAGGAAGUGGGGGAAGACGAGGGGAAGUGUGUGAGAAGUAAGGUCUCCCCUGGUUGUGCUGGAACCAGGGGAAAUAUAGAAGGAGGAGGGGAAGACAGGGAAGGAGGAGUGGAUAAGAAGGAGAGAGCGAGAGAAAAGAGAAAAAAAUGUAUAAGGAUAAUGAAUAGAGAGGAGGAAGAAAUAAAGAAGGUGGUGAGAGAGGAGGAAAUAGGAGAGGAAGGCAGAGCGGAGGACAAGUCAGUAAAGGAGAAAAAGGGAAAUGAGGUGUGA